CACUGCCCUUUUUACACUCUAGAUAUUACGUACGUACGUAGGGAACGCAUAAAAAAAGCCGAACGAACCGACCGCGCGUUCAAUCCAUUCAACAUUAUUUACUGGUCCUCGAUAAACCACUCAACGCAAUGAUUAAUUAAUUGUUGCCUUUAAACCAAAUGUAAUUAAUUUACUAUGAUCUCUGGAUGCAGUUUACUUCGUCAAGUUGUUUUAACUUAACGAGACAUGAUUCUGAUUAAAAUAUUCUGGAAUAUUUAGUGCGGCCAAUGGAAAUGUUGAAUGAAAAGUGCAACGGAAAAUAGUUUAAAGCAGUGCUCGCUUAACAUCUGGCCCUCAAAGGAUAUUUAUCUCGCUUGAAAUGGAUAUUUUCGGAAAAAACUUUUCGUAAAAACUCAAUAAAGUGACAUAUUUUUGUAGAAUUUAAAGUUAUUGUUGCACUAGUGUAAAAAACGUAAAAUUUAUAAUGUUUUCAUGAUGUGCUUGUUAUUGUGUGUACUAGCUGUUGCAAGAAAAUGCUCCACCAUUGUAUCGUGUUUGUUUACCCUGCGUGCAAUUCAGUUCAGUUUAGUAAAUAUUCCUGAAGAUCUCAUGCAAUAAAACGAAUCGUCGCCCAACGAAACCUACCGUACGCAUAUGAUCACACAUGAUUACCAAAAUUCACCAACGUCUGCGACAACAGCAAAGACAACAACGAAGCCAGGAAAUUCCAUAUCUACGACUGCUACCAACGCUACCACCAUUAAAGUGACAACGCAGUCAAAUAUGCCUGGCCCACCGGUGUGGUCGGGAAUUAUGACACUGAGCCGUGGCCCGUACAGCGAGCUCGAUAAAAUGAGCCUAUUUCAGGAUCUAAAGCUGAAACGAAGAAAAGUUGAUUCGAGAUGCAGUAGCGAUGGUGAAUCAGUAGCAGAUACAAGCACUUCAUCGCCCGAUUUAUUAGCACCAUUAUCACCAAAAAUGUGUGAUCAAUCAUCAACACUAGUUACAGCAGGUACAGGAAUGGCAACGGCAAGCACAGCAGUAUCAGCAACACAAAAUCAACAACAACUCCAUCAAUCGGAGCAACAUCAUUCAACACAAUUGUUAUCAACAACAUCAUCGAGUGGCUGUUCAGUAUCGGGCUCAACCGAAAUGACAGCACCUAUGACAGCUCCUACACCUCCAACGCCAAUAGCUACACCAACCCCGCCAAGUACAACAACGCCUACCCCCGUCCAGGGUAACGGUACACAUACCAGUUGUAAUGCGAGUAAUGGGGGUGGUAGUAGCAGGGCAUCACCUGAUUCAAUAGAGGAAAAGCCUUCGACAACAACGAAUGUUAUUCCAACGAAUGGAAUUCAUAGUAGCAACAGUAGCGCUAGCAGCGGUGGUGUUGGCUCAAAUCCAGGAGUGAUACGCUCAGUGAAAAGUGAACGAGUCUCUUCACCCCCACCAAAAAUGCCAUCAUACCAACAGCAGCAACAACAUCAGCAACAUCAACAGCAUCAGCAACAUCAACAACAUCAACAGCAUCAACAGCCUAAAACUCCAACACAAUCACAGCAACAUGUUACCGUUCUAGUGACACCAUCACGGAUAAAAACUGAACCACAACAUAGCAUGCUACAUCAACAGCAGCAACAACAACUCCACCAGCAGCAACAGUUUUAUCAGCAAAUUCAAUCACCUUUGUCGCGAAAGCAAAGUCCGCCCGUUUCAUUUGCCAAUUGUUCGAGCAGUAGUAGUAUAAGUCGUCAGUCAAGUGAUGGUGGUGGGGGGAAUUCACCAAUGAGUAUAUCAACGACAUCACCCAUUCAUCAACAAAUGCAAAUAUUGCAUGCUUCAUCGCAAUUGUUGUCGCGGUCCCAGAUGUCGCCUAAUUCACUGUCUCCGCCAUCUCGGCUGCAAAUUCCUGUGCAUUCAUCUCAACAACAAAAUCACCAACAACAUCAACAACAAAUUAGGAUUAAGAAAGAAGAUAACGGAAUGCCCGGCUCGCCAGUUAUGAUGGAUCGAUCUAUUGGCACUGCUAACUUCAUUGGGCUUCAUCAUCGCAUGCAUCCACAACAACAGCAGCAGCAGCAGCCCCAACCCAGUGGACAACAAAUGAAUAAUAGUGGAAACGUUGGUGUUCCGCAACAACUAAUCCAUCCAACUUUGCAAUUACGACAUCCCAAUCGGGAUGCCGCAAUUCUAUUUCGCGUAAAGAAUGAUCAACAAUUACCAAAUCUAAUGCAACCCAACCAGCGAAUGGUAUGGGUUCCAAAUACUCGCAUAAAUGGAGUUAAGCCUGAAGUAAUAGGUGGACCGUUGACUGGUUUACGCCCACCAGGUCCAGGCCAAUCACCGAGUCCUCAUCAUCCGCCCUCACAGCUAUCACCACAGGGGCCAUCUCAAACACCGCCACGGGGCACUCCAACUGUGAUAAUGGGUGAAAGCUGUGGUGUCCGAACGAUGGUUUGGGGCUACGAGCCUCCACCUCAAUCACUUCAACAAUCGCCGACUACACCCCCUUCCCAAACACCGGGUCCAUCACAGAACAGUGAGGAAGCAGCGCAGCUUCUUCUCAGUCUAGGGCAAUCACGGAUACAAGAAAAUAGGCCUAGACCUCAGCAGUUCCGAACCCCACAUGCAUUGAAUAUGGAACGACUGUGGGCAGGAGACUAUAGUCAGUUACCAGCAGGCCAACAACUGCAUGCUUUAAAUCUGAGCGCCCAACAGCAAUGGGCUGGACCUCAUUCACUAGGAGCUCGGGCACCUGAUUCGCAGAAUGAUCCAACCGUGGAUGAUGAUGAGCAACCUUUAGUUUGUAUGAUAUGUGAGGAUAAAGCGACUGGACUGCAUUAUGGGAUCAUAACGUGUGAAGGAUGUAAAGGUUUCUUCAAAAGAACUGUUCAAAAUCGACGAGUCUAUACAUGCGUGGCCGAUGGCACAUGCGAAAUAACCAAAGCCCAAAGGAAUCGAUGUCAGUAUUGUCGUUUUAAGAAAUGCAUUGAACAAGGAAUGGUGCUGCAAGCUGUACGUGAGGAUCGUAUGCCUGGAGGCCGUAACAGUGGUGCAGUUUACAACCUCUAUAAAGUGAAGUAUAAAAAGCACAAAAAGCAGAAGCAACUACAACAGCAGCAACAAUCACACGAUCAUCCUCAUCAAUCUUCACCCCAACAUCAUCUCCACCCCUCACCGCAUUCACAAUCGUCGCAACAAACAUCCUUAGGUGGAUCAAAGAUUGGCUCAUCCGCGACAACAACGACGAACAGCAAUAGCAAUUCGUCAUCUAUAGACGAUGUGAAACCAAUGUUCCUAAAUUCAACAAGUCAUCAAUCGAUUGCGAUAAAGCAAGAACAUGAUAACAUACAACUACCAUCGCAUUUAGUUAAUGGAACUAUUCUAAAGACUGCCCUCACGAAUCCAAGUGAGAUUGUUCAUCUCCGGCAUCGCCUCGAUAAUGCUGUGAGUUCGUCCAAAGAUCGUCAGAUCUCAUAUGACCACGCAUUGAACAUGAUACAAACCCUGAUCGACUGCGAUGCCAUGGAAGAUAUUGCAACACUGCCCCACUUUUCUGAAUUUCUCGAAGAUAAGUCUGAAAUCAGCGAAAAGCUUUGUAACAUUGGAGACUCAAUCGUACACAAAUUGGUCUCGUGGACAAAGAAACUGCCAUUCUAUUUAGAAAUUCCAGUGGAAAUUCACACGAAAUUACUGACUGAUAAAUGGCAUGAGCUUCUAAUCCUGACAACGGCCGCAUAUCAAGCGUUGCACGGGAAGAAAGGCUCAAGUCAACCCUCUACACCCACUCAAAUCACACCGAUUGCAAUACCAUUGCACAAGGACGAUCCUGAAUUCAUCCAGGAAGUCAAUACGCAUUUGAGUAUCCUGCAAACGUGCCUCACCACGCUAAUGGGUCAACCAAUUGCAAUGGACCAGCUGAAAUUGGAUGUUGGUCAUAUGGUUGAAAAAAUGACUCAAAUCACCAUUAUGUUUCGUAGGAUCAAACUGAAGAUGGAAGAGUAUGUUUGUUUGAAAGUGUACAUUUUACUCAAUAAAGGUAAAGAGGUUGAACUCGAGAGUAUCCAAGAGCGCUAUGUUCAGGUAUUACGGACAUUUCUACAGCAUUCUUCACCGCAUAAUCCUGGACGGUUGGCUGAGUUAUUAGCACAUAUUCCGGAGAUCCAAGCAGCUGCCAGUUUACUGCUUGAGAGUAAAAUGUUCUAUGUACCGUUUGUAUUGAAUUCGGCAAGUAUAAGGUAGCAAAUGUUGGAGCGAGGACUCCUCCCGCCAGAUGAGUCCCCACCACAGACUCCAAUACUGCCAUUAGCUACCCAAGAUACUUCUGCAACACAGCAACAGAAUGUCAUCAAAUCGCCGCUUUUAACAUCAUCAACAUCAUCGUCAACAUCAUCAUCAAUGCCGAUGUCGUGUGCAUCAUCGUCAACACUGUCCUUAUCGUCCACGACAUCGUCAACAAUAGUUUCAUCACUGCCAACGCAUUACAAGUCAAUUCUACACACUCAUCUUACAGCUAAACAAACGGCUACAACAACAUCAACAUCAAUCAAACUAUCGCCGUCCAUGGCACCAUCAAGCAGAGUGAAUUUAAUUGGAAAUCGUCAACGGCACGGUCAACAUUCAUCAUCGACAAUAACGAGGCAACCGCAACAACAUCAGCAACUCUCACUGCCACAAAAGCAGCAGCUGCUCCAAGAGCAUCAUCAGUUGAUGCAACAACAGCAACAGAAUCAACAGCGCAAGCAACAACACCUGUAUCAACAGGAACAGCAGCAGCAGCUGGUACCUCAAUUCGUUCUAUCCACAAGCAGUAGCUCUACGAGCAGUAGUAGUAAUAAUAAUGUUAGCUUAAGUAGUAACGCAAUUAGCUGUAACACUGAAAAUAAGAACAGCAGCACCAGCUCUAUUCGAAUGAGUCGAAGUAGUCCAACAAUAUCAAUUGCAACCCAAUCGACAGUUACCGCGACGGCUACAACACAAACUCAGACCGAUGAAUUGACCACCACGUCCACCACAAAUCCACUAGUGCAUCAUCAACUCCAUCAACAAAAUCAUCCGCAUCAUCAUCAAAAUCAUCAACAAGCUCAUCAUUCCCAUCAACAAAUUUACAAUCAUCGACAUCAUCAACAUCAAACUCAACUUAUACCCUUGAGUUCUGCUACAACCACCACCACCACCAACACUGGUGGAGAUGCUAGUGGGGGAAGUGGUGGAGCCAGUGGUGCGUUACCAUCAACCGGCCUUACAACUAGACGCCAUCAUGAAGCUGUUACUGUUGUUGUAUUUAAAACAAUGUUACCUGACGACUGAAUUAAAAUAAUUAACUAUUAAAUUACAUAUAAAAAUUAAAAGAAAAAAAACAAAUAAAAAUAUAUUAAAUAAAUUAAAUUAUACGUAAAAGAAUUUUACAACUUUAUUAUUACGAUUAGUUACUUUUUUAUUGUAUUAAAUGAAUACUUUAUAACUGAUUAAUUAUAUUAACGUAAUUUUAUAUUAAUUUUAUUAUUGUACUAAAAAUAUAUAUAUAUUGUGAGACAGACCAUAUAUAGUAUGAUAGAAAAUCACGAAAAAGCAAAACAAACUAAACUGAGAAUGCAACUUAUACCAUUUUAUAUUGUAGAGUUAAAUUGUAUAUUUGAGUUUUACAGUAAAUUAGGAAGAGCAAAAAACAAUCGUCUUUUCACCAUGUAGAUCUUCACAACAACAAAUCUUCUACUAUAUCAUUUUUAUUGCUAUUGUAAUUUUAUUAUGAUGAUCACUGAUAUCAUUUUUUUAUUUUAGUUUAAAGCCUAGUUUUAAGUCCACUCUUCUUAUUAUUAUUGCCUUCAUUUACGACUAUUAUUUUGUAAAUUAAAUUAAAAUGAUUAGAUGAACUAGGAAAUUUUGAGCAAAACCGAAAAGGAAAACCAUUUACAUUUAUGCAUACAUACAUGUUAUUAUAUGAUUAUUAAAACACACACACCAUGCAUAAAAAUAAAAAAAAUAUAAAUAGUUGAUUGAAUGAAAAUAAGCGUAAUAUUUGUUAAUAUUGGACAAAACAACAUUAGAAAAUAAAUAGAAAAAAAUUGAUUUGAUUUCA